UUUUUUUUUUCAGACAGAGUAUCAGUAUAUCGCCCUCAGUAGAGUGCUGUAGCGUCAAUUCUUGGGCUUAAGUAAUUCUCUUGCCUCAGCCUCCCACGUAGCUGGGACUACAGGCGCCCACCACAAUGCCUGGCUAUGUUUUUUCCUUGCAACUGUUAUUGUUGUUUAGCAGGCAGGGGCUGGGUUCGAAGGCACCAGCUUCUGUGUAUGGGCCGGCCCCAUAACUACCAGCACAGCCUGAGAUUACAUUUUUAAGUGUUGUUUUAGAGAGAGGAUACCCGAGAAGGUCUAGGAGAACAGGUCUUCUCAAGAAGACCACAAGGAUACACCUGCAGGGUCCUCUCCAUGGUGACUCAGCUUUUGGGAAUUUGUAGACUUAACUUCUUGGAACUUGGAAAUUUCCAAGUUCAGUGAAGUCCUGUAGUUCUGUAGGGGCUGGAAUAGCAUCUCCCGCUUGAUUCAAACUGGCCAAUGAGAAAGGCACCUGUGGGGUAGAACUUUUUGACUGUCAAUGAAAAGGGAAAGACCAAGCCAGUAGGGGAGCGAGGCCAGUUGGAAUUCUUCUAUGCUGUUAAGUUCCCAGCUGGUGAAUAAAGCCCUUCCUCUUAUAAACGUGGUGUUUGGGUUCCUUUUCUCUCCGUUGGGCCUCGUCUUCCUGCAACAUUUUGUCUGUGUAACAAAUUUUAAUAAUUUAUAUAGGGGAUUUAUACUAAAAAUAUGCUUGUGUGACUAACUACAUGUAGUAAAGUACAUGUCGCAAUUAAAAAAUGAAUCAGGGCGGUGCCUGUGGCUCAAAGGAGUAGGGCACUGGCCCCAUAUACCGGAGGUGGUGGAUUCAAACCUGGCCCUGGCCAAAAACUGCAAAAAAAGAAUCAAAGAAAAUUAUCACAAAAAAGAAUCAUUAAACAUGCUAGUAAGUUCUUCUGUAGUGCCUCAUCAUGUCCUCUGCCUUUUUUCAAGGUUAUUUUCUUUAUUCCCUAUUUCUGGUUUGGCCUGUUUGACUUACUGUUCCUAUGUUUCAAAGUGUAUUCUCAAUUCACAAAUAGCUGAGAAUGGUUGUGGGGGGUGUCUGUGUCUACCACAUUGUCUACUUUAUUUUAUUUAAUUUUCAUAUCUAUAAAAUCGAUUUCAAAUGGAAAUAAUUGUUAUGAUUAGUUAUAUUGACAUGUGGGCUAUGCUGUUUAAUUUUGUUUUUAGAAAUUUGUGAAACAGUAGGUAUUUAUUAAUGGUGUACAUUGCAUUUUAUAACUUAUUAAGAAGUCUAUAACUUGGCUUGGCGCCUGUUGCUCGGUGAGUAGGGUGCCACCCACAUACACCGAAGCUGGCGGGUUCGAGUCCCGCCUGGGCCUGCUAAACAACAAUGACAACUGCAACAAAAAAUAGCCAGGCAUUGUGGUGGGCACCCAUAGUCCCAGCUUCUUGGGAGGCUGAGGAGAGAGGGAAGAGAAUUGCCUAAGCCCAAGAGUUUGAGGUUGCUGUGAGCCGUGAUGCCAUGGUACUCUACCCAGGGUGACAUAGUGAGACUAUGCCUCAAAAAAAAAAAAAAAGAAGAGGAAGAAGCCUAUAAUUUAUAUGUUAAGAAUAACUAUUAAGGCUCUGCACUGGUAGCUCAGCGGGUAGGGUGUUAGCCAUGUAUACCUGGGCUGGAGGGUUUGAAUUGCCGGGCCUGCCGAACACUGACAACUACAACAAAAAAAUAGACGGGAGUUGUGGUGGGCGCCUGUAGUCCUAGCUACAUGGGAGGCUGAGGCAAGAGCCCAAGCUCCCAAGUGGCCUCACAGCUCACAGCAACCUCAAGCUCUUGGGCUUAAGUGGUUCUCUUGCCUCAGCCUCCCAAGUAGCUGGGACUAUAGGUGCCUGCCACAAUGCCUGGCUGUUUUUUGUUUGUAGUUGUCAUUGUUUGGCAGGCCAGGGCUGGGUUCAAACCCUCCAGCUCUGGUGUAUGUGGCUGGCGCCCUAGUCCUUGAGCUACAGAUGCUAAGUCAGGACUUUACAUUUUUUUUUAUACCAGCCUCAGUUUUUACUUCCAGGAGACACAUUACUGUUUAGCCCAUCAGAUGCUGGUAUUUGGGGAAAAUGUGCACAAAUUAUUUCUGCUCUCUAGAUUUCCAGAUAUUUCAAGGGAGGAAAAUUAUCCCAAAGGAAAAGAAUGACCCAUCCCCCUUAAGGUGUUUUCAAAACUUGCAACACAAUUCACACUUGUGCAUUGAAAGCUAGGUUGCAGUUUCUCCUGGGAGGGUGGCCAUUGAGUAAUUCUGUGAGCAGGCUGAAGGUGGAAGGAUGUCUCAAGGGAUAGAGUGAUCUUACUUGACACUUGAGUGAGACAUGUCUGUAUUUCAGUCAACAGUGACACUCCCUGAAUUUCAAACCUUGAAAAGCUUUGUUUCUUUAUUUCAGCUUAAAUUUUUCAUUAAGUGCAAUUAAGUGUAAUACAUCAUUAGAACUGAAAGAAAAGAAAAUGUUCCUGAAAAUGCAAGACAGAACUGGAGUUGAGAAAAGGAAAUUAAAUAUGUAGUUAUAUUUCAGUAAAAAAGUUGGUUUUACCUCUUUUUUUUGUUUUAAGAGACAGAGUCUCAAGUUGUCACCCUGGGUACAGUGCCGUGGCAUCAUAGCUUACAGCAGCCUCAAGCUCUUGGCCUUAAGCUGUCCUCUUGCCUCAGGCACUGCCACAACACCCCGCUACUUUUUGAGACAGGUCUCGCUCUUGCUUAGUCUGGUCUUGAACUCCUGAGCUCAAUCCAAUUGAUCCACCUACCUGGGCUUCCCAGAGUGCUAGGAUUACAGGCCUGAGCCACCACGCCCACCCCUGAUUUUACCUUUUUUUCUUUGAGUGAGUGUUGUAAGGUUUUGAGAUAUGUUAUUGUCUGAGGGUGAUUACAGAUGGAAACUCAGUUUAGCUUUGCAAUGAUACUCGAAGAAGAAAGAGACACAGUUUUGAUUGCUUUAUGAUGCAUAAAAAUGAAUACAUUUCCAUAUGAAAGUGUGGUAGAUCAUUUGGUGAAUUGCAAAUAUUGACAAGACAUCAGUUCCUCUUUUACACAGAGUGGAGAUCUGUGACAGUAGGUAACUUUGUUCUUUAUUAUUAUUUUUAAAUUUGUAUAUAUAUAUAUAUAUAUUUUUUUUUUUUUGGAGACAGAACUUCAAGCUGUCUUGAGUAGAGGGCUUUGACAUCACAGCUCACAGCAACCUCCAACUCCUGGGCUCAAGUGAUUCUCCUGCCUCAGCUUCCCAGGUAGCUGGGACCAUAGGUGCCUGCCACAAUGCCCGGCUAUUUUUUGGUUGCAACUGUUAUAGUUGUUUGGCGGGCGCAGGCUGGAUUCGAACCCGCCAACUCAGGUGUAUGUGGCUGGUGCCUUAGCUGCUUGAGCCACAGGCCCUGAGCCAACUUUUGUUCUUUGAAGGUGGAGUUUAAUGCUAUAUCCUAUGGAAGGGGACCUGCAAACUUCCAGAGAUGGUCUCAAAUGACUAUUUACUAAAUGAUUUGUUUUCAUUUAAUAAUUUAAAUUUUUUUUCAUUUAAUUUUGCUUUUCAUGUUAACAUAAGAUUUCUUAUCCAAAAAUUCUGUUGGAUUUCUCAAACACAACUGGGAACCCACAGGCAGGUGUGGUUGAUGGAAGGUAAGGGUGAUGAGAUGCCCUUCUUGAAGGUGUAAUUGGCAUUGUUUUGGGGGGGGGGUGUUUUUAGACACUGUUCAAUAGAACAAUUUUGAAAUUACAUCUUAUUGUCCAAUAAGAUGAUUUUUUCUUUAUUGUAAGGAAGCAUUGCUUGGGGAAAAGCACCAAGUACAAUUGUAAGUAUUUUACAAUUUCCUGCUAUUAUAUAAGCCUCAACACUGAGUUUGCAGAAUUUUGCUGGAUUUCUCAAACACUUGCUGUUCUCUUUGAGUCAAGUGACUAAGACAAGAUCAACCUCGGUGCUCCAAAAGAUGGUCAUCGAGGGCCCAGGAUCCGUCUCUACAGGUUUUCAGCCUGUUCAUACCAGCUAUGGGAAGAACCCUUUAUAUGGACAAAGACGCAGAGCUCUGGAAAGCUGGGGACUCACAGGCAGAUGUGGUUGAUGGAAGUGGAAGGUGAUGAGAUGCCCUUCCUCAGGUGUAAUGGGUCUUGUUCUGGGGCUGUUUCUAGACAUUGUCCAACAGAAUAAAUUUUAAAUUCCAUCUUAUUGUCCAAUAAAAUGAAUUCUUCAUUACUGAAGGAAGUAUUGCUUGGGGAAAGCAUGAAGUAUAAAAUCUGCAAGCAUCACACACAAGGGCUUUCUUUCAUAAAGAGGCGUAAACGUGUAGAAACAAGGUGGGAGAUGGGGGCAGAAUGGAGGGUGGAGAAAUAAUCUGCCAGGUCAGGACAUGUUUCAUCCUGCAGUCAGACAGUUCUUAGGAGGGGCAUAAAGAGGGGCUAGAUGUUAAUUCUAAGUCAGACGUAGAAUUGGCCAAAGGUCAGGGGCUGGGGGGAAAAGAGUAACUUCAGCAAAAUUUGAUGAAGAAAUAUUUUGUGUUGACUGCUGAAGAAACAACUGUUCAGCUAAUUGUUUAUGAGCAAUGAAUGGGAAUUUGCAGAUCCUGUGCCUUGCCUCAUCAUAGGUAAAAUAGGUAAUAUCACCUAAGUCAUCAUGGGAAGAGUUGUUUUUUGCAGUGAGCUUCUCUUGAGAACACAGAGCAUGAGGAAUUUUUUUAAUCAGAGCUACUUCCCAGGAUGAGCUAUGCUCCCCAACAUCUCCCACCACUAUCCUUUGUCCUAUACAUGUCUUCUUUCUGCCUUUUUCUUUGAUUAUAAUUUUUUUUUCUUUUUCUUGCAGUUUUUGGCCAGGGCUGGGCUUGAACCCACCACCUCCAGCAUAUAGGACUGGCACCCUACUCCUUUGAGCCACAAGUGCCACCUAUUUAUUUUUUUCUUUUUAAGACAGAGUCUCACCCUGGUUUUUACUAUUUUAAGUUGCACACAAACUUUAUGGACACCCUGUAUAACCAAUGGUGCUGUCAGGGUUUGUUUUUUUUUUGCAGUUUUGGCCAGGGCUGGGUUUGAACCCACCAACUCCAGCAUAUGGGACCAGCGCCCUACUCCUUUGAGCCACAGGCACCGCCCAAGCAGAGUCAGCUGUCAUGUCUUCUUCUUGAGGACUAAUUACAGUGACUUAAUUCAUCUUUGCAAUCUCUUAAAUUGUCUGAGAUGCACAUCACAUUCUGGUUUAAUUGUAUAAUAUGACAGUUCUUUCUCUGUCUACCAUUGUGAUGGGUUAUUCUGGAGUUGGAAAUGACUCUGUUUUUAAUUAUAAAUUAUUUUUACACACCAUCCAGAAUUACCAGAUAUGACAUGAACAUAGAUGAUGCCCACUGAGUGUAACUCCAGUGGGUGCUUUGCAUCUCAACCUUCCAGUCACAACACAUAAUUGUACAGCAAAGUGCAUGUUGUCCCAAAUCAUGAAGCUACAAUGUAUCUUCUUGAGCAGUUAUAGUACAUGGUGUGACAAAAGUUGCUCCUACAGUCACCAUACAGAGAAAAAAAUGGAAAUUGUAGCACUAUGUACUUUUAUUUACAGCAAAAUUUUAUAAUACAUUUACAGACUAUUUUCUAUGUUUGCCACCUCUUUACAAAAUUUGGUAAUGAGUAUUUUGUAAAGGUAUAGCUAGCUAUGAUUUUCAAUUUUUCCUAUGUAUGGUGACUUUGGGGACAACCUGUAGAUUUUUACAAACUACCUCUAUUUCAGGCGUCCUUAAACUUUUUAAACAGGGGGCCAAUUCACUGUCCCCAAGACCGUUGGAGGGCUGGACUAUAGUUAAAUAUAUAUGUAUAUGAACAAAUCUCUAUGCACACUGCACAUAUCUUAUUUUGCAGUAAAAAAACAAAACAGGAACAAAUACAAUCACACCGCCUCAUGUGUCCCAUGGGCUGCAGUGUGAGGACCCCUGCGAGUGCCAGCCAUUCUCUCUCUGUCUUUCAAUUAUCCUGAUAUCUUUACACCUAAAAUUGAUCAGAGACUAUGAGGCCCGGAGAUCAACCUGGAGCACAGAUAAGCAUUGAGUACACCUGAGAAUGCCCGCAUUCCCACUUUUCUGUUUCUGUAAUUCUCAUGAAUGUACACAUGGGACUACCUGCAUCCCCACGUGUGCAAGAGACACUGCUGCCUUCUCUGACCUCUGGAACCUUUAAACUGCUAGAAAACUAUGUCGUGCUUCAAAAUUGUGAUUGGUGAUCUUCCUUGAACCAAAGAUAUGUUGGUUUUUAAAAAGUGUCGAGGCUCUGUACCUGUAACUCAAUGGCUAGGGCACCAGCCACACCGGAUCUGGCAGGUUCAAACUCAGCCCAGGACUGCCAAAGAACAAUGACAACUACAAACAAAAAAAGAGCCGGGCAUUGUGGUAGGCUCCUGUGAUCCCAGCUACUUGGAAGACUGAGGCAAGAGAUUUGCUUAAACCCAAGAGUUUGGGGCUGAUGUGAGCUGUGACACUACGUCAUUGUGCUGAGUGUGACAAAGUGAGACUCUCAAAAAAAAGUGUUGAGCAGAAGUGUCUCUGUGCUGUGUUUGCUUUCUCUAGGUGAGUGCCGCUGUAUUCUAGAAGUAGUAACAGCAGCAAUAGGGGGAUUAUUAAAGAAGCUACUUCAUAGACUCACUGAAAACCUGUAAUUUUUUUUUUUUGGUAGAGCCAGAGUCUCACUUUAUCAUCCUCGGUAGAGUGCCGUGGCAUCACAAAGCUCAAGCAACCUCCAACUUCUGGGCUUAGGCGAUUCUCUUGCCUCAGCCUCCCAAGUAGCUGGGACCACAGGCACCGAACAAUGCCAGGCUAUUUUUUGUUGCAGUUUGCCUGGGGCCGGGUUUGAAUGCACAAGCCUUGGUAAAUGGGGCCAGCGCCCUACCCACUGAGCGACAGGCGCUGCCUUUUUUUUUUUUUUUUUAGAUACAGAGUCUCAUUCUGUUGGCCUCAGUACAGUGCUGUGCCAUCACAGCUCACAGCAACCUCCGGCUCUUGGGCUUAAGCGAUUCUCUUGCUUCAGCCUCCCAAGUAGCUGGAACUACAGGUGCCCGCCAGAAUGCUGGGAUAUUUUUUGUUGCAGUUUGGCUGGGGCCGGGUUUGAACCCACCACACUCAGCAUAUGGGGCCGGCACCCUACUCACUGAGCCACAGACCCUGCCCCCAAACCUGCAAAAUGUUAAGCAAACCCAAGGUUGACUGUUCAUUUGUGAAAAGGUAGAGUCACAAUGCAAGAGUUGGUGGAUGAGAAAGCAGUUUUUUCAAGAGCAACAUAAGGAGAUGGCUGACUUAUGUUGGAAAGACCGCCUGAUGUUCCUCAGCUGACCAGAAGGUGGUGAAAGGGGAAAGGAGUGUGGGAAACUACGUGUAGGAGCUUUCUUUUCUUUUCUUUCUUUCUUUUUGUUUUUUUUGAGACAGUCUCCCUCUUUUUUUUUCUUUUUUUUUUAUCAGUUUUUGGCUGGGGCCGGGUUUGAACCCACCAACUCUGGCAUUUGGGGCCAGCACCCUACUCCACUGAGCCACAGGUGCCACCCGGAGCUUUCUAUGUGUGGGUCUCCAUGUCUCAUGGAAAAGGUUUCUAGCCAUCUGGCAGUCUGGCUGACUGCCAGAUGAUAUAGAUCAAAACAGAAAUGGGGGUUAACUGCUCACUAUUUUUCUUGAUGAGGAGUUCUGAAAUCUUGGUUCUAUAGUUAAUGGCUCAAAAUCAUUCCUGAAAUUCUUGUUUUUAAAUUCUGUUUUGGAGACAGAAUCUGACUUUGUCAUCCACCGUAGGUUGCCAUGGCAUCAUAGCUCAUAGCAACCUCAAGCUCCUGGGCUCAAGCCAUCCUCUUGCCUCAACCUUUGAAUGAGCUGGGGUCUCCAGGUGUGAGCCAUGGGGCCAGGCUUCUUCUUGAAAUUCUUAAACAAGGACAUAAACAAGUACUGUUAAUAAAAUGUGAUUAUUUGCUUGAAGAUAGAGUAACUGCUGCUGUUGCAGAAUCACAUACUCAGAAUGGGCAUAAUGUGAAAAAACUUAUAUGCAUAUUAAAGCCUGAGAGGUGAUGCUUAGCUAAAUGUUUCUCAUCCCAGGCUUCCAGUUAAGAUUCCAUGGCCAGUUUGAAGAAGUAGCAUCUCUGUCAUUUUGCCUGCACACUCAUUCUAUUAGUCUGGGUUGUGUCAUCAGUGUGGUUUUAAUUAAGUGUCCCCAUGUGAUGCUAAGGUUAGGCCAGUAUCAAGCAUGAGGGUUUCCAUAUCUAUUUAAGACAGCUGAGUUUAUUUAUUUAUGUAUUUUUUCAGAAAGAGGUUACAGGUCACAUAUUCCCAUUUGCAUGGCAGAAAUUGCUGGCAACGGAGGGCACUGGAGGCCAAGAAAUAAGAAAUGCACACUUUGGUCUUUAUGUGGAAUCUCCUUCUUCCUGACUUUCUCUGUGAUAAAGAACAAGGAAGGGUGAAUUUUUUUCUGUACUUAGUGGUCUCUCUGACUGUGGAUGUGGUAGCAGGUGAAGGGGUUGCGCUGAUGCCUUUGUUGCAGAAAGAUGAGGCCCAACAGAGAGAAAGAGCACCCACACGCCACGUUUAUAAGAGGAAGGGCUUUAUUCACCAGCCGGUAGCUUACGGCAUAGAAUUCCAAAUGGCUGCGCUCCCCGACUGCCUUGGUCUUUCCCUUUUUAUUGACAGUCAAAAAGUUCCACCCCACAGGUACCCUUCUCAUUGGCCAGUUUGAAUGAAGCGGGAGAUGCUAUUCCAGCCCCUAUAGAACUACAGGAUUUCACGGAACUUGGAAAUUUCAAAGUUCCAGGAAGUUAAGUUUACAAAUUCCCAAGAGCUUAGUCACCAUAGAGAGGACCCUGCAGGUGUAUCCUUGUGGUCUUCUUGAGAAGAUCUGUUCUUCCAGACCUCGUCCUUCUCAGUUAUAUUCUCUCGCCUUUAAAGCCGAGAUAAAAGGCAGUGCCUGUGGCUCAGCCGGUAGGGCGCCGGUCCCAUAUGCCGGAGCUGGCGGGUUCAAACCCAGCCGCGGCCAAAAAAAAAAAAAAAAGCCGAGAUAAAGCCGAUAAAGAUAUUGUCAAGAUCCAGGUGGAAUGUAUCCAGAUAAUCUCAUGUGAGAAGGAAAUCAAGGGAAGGAGGAGGAGGAAAUGAUUGCUUCUCAGGUAAAUGUGUCCAAGGUCCAGGGCUGUGCCCACUUUUGCUCCUGCAAUAUCAUGUUCUUAGAAUUUGCAAGCCUUUACUUCUCUACUUGUGAUGUUCCUGCCUAAUGAGUUUGUUUCAAAUACUCUUUUAACUAUUUCUUAUUGCCAAGAGCAAUAAGAGUAUGUGAUUCUGCAACAGCAGCGGUUAUUCUAUCUUCAGUUGCCAAGAGGUCUGAGAAAUCCUUCUCCCCCACCUAUACAGCAGAGUCUUCUCUCCAUUCUGUCCAUCAAGGCUUCCCAGGUGCCCUGCAAAAUUCCCAGUGUAAAUUCAUGUUCUGCAAAAAUAAAAAUGUGUUCUGCAAUACUGCAAAUGUUCCUUUUGUGCCUUUUGAAAAUGGAACAAUGUGGAUACUCAAGGUUCUCCAUUGUGUAUGAGGUCGGAUCCUUGGAUAUUAGCAGAGAAGGAGAAUAUGUUUUGUUUAGCUUCCAUGUGGAAGCUCCAUCAGUUCUACAUAGAAUGAGAUGAAGCACGUGCACUUUUACAGAAGACAGCAUUAACUGCCUAAAGUAACUCAAUGUUCUGAAAAACAAUCAUUCGAAAAAUGCUUUCUAGAAUGCUUAGAAAGACAUGUUUAAAGACACGAUUGGAGAUUAGAAAACAUUCCAGAUAUCUAUAACUCGAGCUUUGCCAAAAGUGUUUUUUUUUAAACUAGCUUUUAUCAGAUUAUGAUGUACUUUUUCUUGCCAGUUCUGUCACAGCAGUGAUGUGUUUGCGUUUGUGAAUCAGCACCUGGUACUUAUUUGUCCUGUUACAGUUGAGGUUAACUUUAUUCACUCAGUUAUGGUGCUCUUUGACACAUAUUCCAUUGUAGAGUUCAGUAUAUCUUCUAUAUUAUUUAUUUAUUUAUUUAUUUAUUUUUGUAGAGACAGAGUCUCACUGUACCGCCCUCCGGUAGAGUGCCGUGGCGUCACAUGGCUCACAGCAACCUCUAACUCUUGGGCUUACGUGAUUCUCUUGCCUCAGCCUCCCGAGCAUAUCUUCUAUAUUAUUAAUAAGUACUUUGGGGAGAUUUAUCAACUAAUGUGCACAAACCAAAACAUCUAUUGAUGUGCCUCUUUCUUUUUAGAUUCUCUUUCAUACCUUGCUUUGGAAAGUAAAGGUUGUCAUCUUUGUUUACUGGUUCAGAAAUCAACUGGGGAAAUCCAGAAAUCCAGUUCAUUGUAUGUUUCACAUAAUAUUAUGCUGGAAUAAAAGCAUUAGCAUUUUUGUUGAGCUUGUUGAAAAUUUAAAAAUGGAAUCUUCACCACAUAUCUUGAGAACAGAAAUUUGCAUUUUAUCAAGAUCUCCAGUUCUUUCUUGUUCAUGUUAAAAUUUUAGAGGUUCCAUUUCACUCACCAUGACUUUUUCAUGUAAAAAACAUACACAACUUAUACUGUAUGUUGUAAACAAGGCAGAAAGAUACACAUCCCAGCAUAUUUCUACUCUUGUCAACCAACAGUGUCUAGGGUCUACACUCGUUUUGUGCAUGUUGUGCCCUCCCCUUUCUUCAAUUAGAGAACACAUGAGGAAAUUUAUCUCUUCGAUUUCUUCUAUACUCCCCUUAUUACAUAAUUCCAGUCACUCAUAUAAGUCAGCAACAGUUCUCUUGGCUCAUUCAAUUAAAAGUGAAGUUUAAACUCCGCUUGGCUUCUUGGUAAAUAUGUUUGUUUUUCAGGGAAUGUUCACAUUCAAGGACGUGUCUACAGAGUUCUCUAUGGAUGAGUGGGCCUGCCUGGACCCUACUCAGCACACUUUGUAUCGGGACGUCAUGUUGGAAAACUACAGACACCUGGUCUUCCUAGGUCUUGCUGUCUCUAAGCCAGACCUCAUCACCUGUCUGGAGCAAAGCAAAGAACCCUGGAUGGUGAAGACUCACCAGACAGUAGUCAAGCACCCAGAUGUAUCUAAUCAUUCUACCCAAGACCAUUUCCAAGAGCUGGGCACAAAUAUAUUAUACCCAGAGAUAACACUGAGAAGAUAUCAAAGCUGUGGCCUGGAGAAUUUAAACUUAACAAAAGACUUGGAAAGUGUUUAUGAAUGUACUCAGCAGAAAGUAUGUUACAGUGGAUGUGACCAAUGUUUAACAGCUAGCCAUGGCAAAGUCUGCCAAUGUAGUAAAUAUACGAGAGUCUUUAGACAUUUGUCAAAUCUAAAUAGACAUAAGAUGAUAUAUACCACAGAGAAAACUUUUCAGUAUAAAAAGUAUGGGAAAGCCUAUAACCACUGCUCACACAUUACUAAAUGUAAGAUAAUGCAUACUGGAGAAAAACAGUACAAAUGUAAAGAAGGUGGCAAAGUCUUUAAAUUUUGCUCAAGCCUAUCUAACCAUAAGAAACUCCACCCUGGGGAGAAACUGUAUAAGUUUAAAAAUUAUGGGGAAUGUCUUAGGCACAGAUCAAAAUAUUAUAACCAUAAGAGUAUUAAUACUGGAAGAAAAGCCUACAACUAUAAAGAAUGUGAUGAACUUACCAAUCAGUACUCACAUCUUUCUGCACAUGAAAGAAUUUGUUCUGGAGAGAAACCCUACAAAUGUCAAGAAUGUGGCAAAGCCUUUAAGUGGUACUCAAUCCUUUCUGUACAUCAAAGAAUUCAUUCUGGAGAGAAACGCUACAAAUGUCAAGAAUGUGGCAAAGCCUUUAAGUGGUACUCAAUCCUUUCUGUACAUCAAAGAAUUCAUUCUGGAGAGAAACCCUACAAAUGUCAAGAAUGUGGCAAAGCCUUUAACCGGUGCUCAAACCUUUCUGUACAUCAAAGAAGUCACUCGGGAGAAAAACCUUACAAAUGUGAAGAAUGUGGCAAAGCCUUUAAGCAGUACCCAAAUCUUUCUAAACAUAAAAGAAUUCAUUCUCGAGAGAAAACCUACAAAUGUCAAGAAUGUAGCAAAGCCUUUAACCGGCACUCAAUCCUUUCUGUACAUCAAAGAAUUCAUUCUGGAGAGAAACCCUACAAAUGUGAAGAAUGUGGCAAAGCCUUUAAGCAGUACCCAAGUCUUUCUACACAUAAAAGAAUUCAUUCAGGAGAGAAACCCUACAAAUGUCAAGAAUGUGGCAAAGCCUUUAAUGAUAUUUCAACCCUUACUAAACAUCAAAGAAUUCAUUCCGGGGAGAAACCCUACAAAUGUGAAGAAUGUGGCAAAGCCUUUAACUGGCACUCAAACCUUUCUGUACAUCAAAGAAUUCACUCGGGAGAAAAAUCCUACAAAUGUGAAGAAUGUGGCAAAGCCUUUAAGCAGUACUCAAGUCUUCGUAGACAUAAAGGAAUUCAUUCUGGAGAGAAACCCUACAAAUGUCAAGAAUGUGGCAAAGCCUUUAAGUGGUACUCAAUCCUUUCUGUACAUCAAAGAAUUCAUUCUGGAGAGAAACCCUACAAAUGUCAAGAAUGUGGCAAAGCCUUUAACUGGCACUCAAACCUUUCUGUACAUCAAAGAAGUCACUCGGGAGAAAACCCUUACAAAUGUGAAGAAUGUGGCAAAGCCUUUAAGCAGUACCGAAGUCUUUCUAGACAUAAAAGAAUUCAUUCUGGAGAGAAACCCUACAAAUGUCAAGAAUGUGGCAAAGCCUUUAAUGAUAAUUCAACCCUUACUAGACAUCAAAGAAUUCAUUCUGGGGAGAAACCCUACAAAUGUCAAGAAUGUGGCAAAGCCUUUAAUGAUAAUUCAACCCUUACUAGACAUCAAAGAAUUCAUUCUGGGGAGAAACCCUACAAAUGUCAAGAAUGUGGCAAAGCCUUUAAUGAUAAUUCAACCCUUACUAAACAUCUAAGAAUUCAUUCUGGGGAGAAACCCUACAAAUGUCAAGAAUGUGGCAAAGCCUUUACGCAGCACUCCAUCCUUUCUCAACAUCAAAGAAUUCAUUCUGGAGAGAAACCCUACAAAUGUCAAGAAUGUGGCAAAGCCUUUAAGCAGCACUCCAUCCUUUCUCAACAUCAAAGAAUUCAUUCUGGAGAGAAACCCUUCAAAUGUCAAGAAUGUGGCAAAGCCUUUAAGCGGUACCCAAAUCUUUCUAAACAUAAAAGAAUUCAUUCUGGAGAGAAACCCUACAAAUGUCAAGAAUGUGGCAAAGCCUUUAAGCAGUACCCAAGUCUUUCUAGACAUAAAAGAAUUCAUUCUGGAGAGAAACCCUACAAAUGUGAAGAAUGUGGCAAAGCCUUUACUCUGCGUUCAUCCCUUUCUGUACAUAGAAGAAUUCAUUCUGGAGAGAAACCCUACAAAUGUCAAGAAUGUGGCAAAGCCUUUAAUGGUAAUUCAACCCUUACUAAACAUCAAAGAAUUCAUUCUGGGGAGAAACCCUACAAAUGUGAAGAAUGUGGCAAAGCCUUUACUCUGCGUUCAUCCCUUUCUGUACAUAGAAGAAUUCCUUCUGGAGAGAAACCCUACAAAUGUGAAGAAUGUGGAAAAGCCUUUAUCUGUUUCUCAAAACUUUCUGUACAUAGAAGAAUUCAUUCUGGAGAGAAACCCUACAAAUGUGAAGAAUGUGGAAAAGCCUUUAUCUGUUACUCAAAACUUUCUGUACAUAGAAGAAUUCAUUCUGGAGAGAAACACUACAAAUGUGAAGAAUGUGGCAAAGCCUUUAAACAGCACUCAGAACUUUCUGCACAUCGAAGAAUUCAUUCGGGAGAAAAACCCUACAAAUGUGAAGAAUGUGGCAAAGCCUUUAAGCAGUACCCAGGUCUUUCUACACAUAAAAGAAUUCAUUCUGGAGAGAAACCCUACAAAUGUGAAGAAUGUGGCAAAGCCUUUAACGGGCACUCACACCUUUCUGUGCACCAAAGAAUUCAUUCUGGAGAGAAACCUUACAAAUGUGAAGAAUGUGGCAAAGCCUUUAAGCAGUACCCAAGUCUUUCUCAACAUAAAAGAAUUCAUUCUGGAGAGAAACCCUACAAAUGUGAAGAAUGUGGCAAAGCCUUUAUCUGUUACUCAAAACUUUCUGUACAUAGAAGAAUUCAUUCUGGAGAGAAACCCUACAAAUGUCAAGAAUGUGGCAAAGCCUUUAACCAGCACUCACACCUUUCUGUGCACCAAAGAAUUCAUUCUGGAGAGAAACCUUACAAAUGUGAAGAAUGUGGCAAAGCCUUUAAGCAGUACCCAACUCUUUCUCAACAUAAAAGAAUUCAUUCUGGAGAGAAACCCUACAAAUGUGAAGAAUGUGGCAAAGCCUUUACUCUGCGUUCAUCCCUUUCUGUACAUAGAAGAAUUCAUUCUGGAGAGAAACCUUACAAAUGUGAAGAAUGUGGCAAAGCCUUUAAGCAGUACCCAAGUCUUUCUCAACAUAAAAGAAUUCAUUCUGGAGAGAAACCCUACAAAUGUGAAGAAUGUGGCAAAGCCUUUACUCUGCGUUCAUCCCUUUCUGUACAUAGAAGAAUUCAUUCUGGAGAGAAACCCUACAAAUGUGAAGAAUGUGGAAAAGCCUUUAUCUCUUACUCAAAACUUUCUGUACAUAGAAGAAUUCAUUCUGGAGAGAAACCCUACAAAUGUCAAGAAUGUGGCAAAGCCUUUAAUGAUAUUACAACCCUUACUAGACAUCAAAGAAUUCAUUCUGGGGAGAAACCCUACAAAUGUGAAGAAUGUGGCAAAGCCUUUAAUGAUAAUUCAACCCUUACUAAACAUCAAAGAAUUCAUUCUGGGGAGAAACCCUACAAAUGUGAAGAAUGUGGCAAAGCCUUUAAACAGCACUCACACCUUUCUGAACAUCAAAGAAUUCACUCGGGAGAAAAAUCCUACAAAUGUGAAGAAUGUGGCAAAGCCUUUAAGCAGUACCCAAGUCUUUCUCAACAUAAAAGAAUUCAUGCUGGAUAGAAACCCUACAAAUGUCAAGAAUGUGGCAAAGCCUUUAACCGGCACUCAAUCCUUUCUCAACAUCAAAGAAUUCAUUCUGGAGAGAAACCCUACAAAUGUGAAGAAUGUGGCAAAGCCUUUAAGC